GCCUCGUUGAUUCGUCAUUUUACAUUGUACUCCUACUCUUAAACUGGUUAAUGACUGGUUCUGUCUGCACUGGCAAACACAACAAGAUCACACCCCAUAGAUCAGAAAAAGAUGCCAUUUAGAUCGCGCUGGCAGAUUGAGAUCCCCAAUACACAUCUCGCAUCUCUUCUUCUCACAUCACCCACUGAACCUUUGUCUAAAACGCACCGAUGCUUCUCCGAAGCGGCUCGUCCAGAUACGCACUACUUCACGACCCAUGACUUUCGCCUCUGGAGCCAGAGAUUCGCAGCCGGGCUGCGCAAGUCGGGCCUCCAGAAGGGUGACCGGGUGUUGCUCUUCUCGGGCAACGACAUAUUCUUCCCUGUAAUAUUCAUGGGGAUCAUCAUGGCGGGGGGGAUUUUCACCGGCGCGAACCCUACCUUUGUCGCUAGAGAGCUUGCCUACCAGUUGCAGGAUAGCGGGGCGAUUUAUCUCCUCUGUGCAGAAGAUAGUCUAGACACUGGUAUUGAGGCUUCGAAGAUUGCGGGGUUGGAUAUGGACAAGGUGUUUGUGUUCAACAAUGCACUUUAUGAUGGAAAGGGGGAGGGGAUGAAAGGGUGUCGAUAUUGGGGGGAGCUGGUUGCCAGCGUUGAGGAGGGGGCAGGAUUUGCGUGGGAGGAGCUGGACACACCGGAGAAAGCUAACACCACGCUUGCGCUGAAUUACAGUAGUGGGACGACGGGGAGGCCGAAGGGGGUUGAGAUCUCGCACAAGAAUUAUGUCUCGAACAUGUUGCAGUACAACCACCUUUUUUACCUGAACCCGAACUGGAGGGAGAAGGCGAAACGGGCAAGAUGGCUAUGCUUCCUGCCGAUGUACCAUGCAAUGGCGCAGAACAUCUUCAUUGCAGCCGCACUCAACCGGGGAGUGCCUGUGUACGUGAUGCCGAAAUUCGAUUUCAUUAAGAUGCUGGAGUAUACGGAAAAAUUUCGCAUCUCGGACUAUAUUCUGGUCCCUCCGGUGGUGGUUGCACUGGCGAAGCACCCUGCUGUGAAGAGCGGGAAGUACGAUUUGAGCAGUGUGGAAGAUAUUGGUAGCGGAGCUGCGCCGUUGGGUCGAGAAGUCUGCGAAGAGGUCGAAGCCUUAUGGCCACCUGGGAAAAUCAAUAUCAAGCAAGGCUGGGGAAUGACAGAGGCCACAUGCUCCAUCCUCGGCUGGAGUCCCAUGGAGAAAUGCCUUACGGCAUCAGUUGGAGAGCUCAAUCCCAACUGCGAAGCAAAGAUUGUCGCCGACGACGGGGUAACGGAAUUAGGCAAGAAUCAGCGCGGAGAGUUGUUGGUUCGCGGCCCGAAUGUCAUGAAAGGAUACUGGCGGAACCCGCAAGCAACUAAGGAGACCCUGACAGAGGACGGAUGGUUGAGGACGGGAGAUAUCGCCUUUGUCAGUAAUGAAGGGUGGUUCCAUGUUGUUGACCGAAAGAAGGAACUCAUCAAAGUGAAAGGCAACCAAGUCGCACCUGCAGAGCUAGAAGCCAUCCUACUCGAACAUCCAGCCGUUGCCGAUGCGGCUGUCAUCGGUGUGCCAAAGGACGAAGAUGAGGCCCCGCGAGCGUAUAUUGCCCUGAAGCCAGGGAAGAAUGCCACUGCCAAAGACAUUACAACCUUCAUGGAGGGCAAGGUAUCACGGAUCAAGAGAAUCACUGGUGGAGUGGUCUUUGUGGAGGCAAUACCCAAGAAUCCAUCUGGGAAGAUCUUGCGAAAGGCACUUCGAGAACAGGCCAAGCAGGAGUUGCAAGGGGUUUACGCGAAGUUAUAAGGGUCCAUGAGGGACUUCAGAGUCUUGGAGAAGGACAGUGAAGACAGGUUCGUGGUCUAUGGAAAGGUCGCUGCUUGCGCCACUUUCUAAAGUAGCCGGUUAUUCCAUCUGAUUUAUCACGUCCUCGCAUACUCGGAUGUCGCCAGUACCUCGGCUUAGCUGUCGGGAAGCAGCUCACUGCCGAGAACAUUGACUGCUGGGUGCUUCGUACUCUUCAGCGCAUCGUGGACUUGACGUUGAAUUUACCUAGACUUCAGCUGGACUCAACCAGGGGAAUAGGGCCAACAUAGAUUAGUACAUACUACUGCCUAGAAUGAUCGUGGUUGAGAG